UGAAUCACUCCAUGCAUUAAUUAUCCUCUGCUCUCAAGCCCACCUCACUAAUAUAUACCCUUUGACUCUCUCUCUUUGUUUUCGUUUUUGUUGAGACAAUUUCUUGUGUUUCUUACUCUCUGUUCUCUGCAUGAAACAGAGUGCUCUGUUUCUCAAAAUAGAGCUGAAUUUUUAAUGCUUUACUUACAAUGAAGUAUUUAAGAACCAAUAGCUUGAAGCGCUUGUUUUCUUUAAAAAGAAGAGGUUUUGAUGAAGAUGUUUCCGCAAGUUCAAGUCCACAUGAGUCCAUUGAAGAUGACAACAACAACGAAGGAAGUUUUAGAAUAACCAAGAGUUCUUCUCCAAGACCAACUUGGAGAUGUUUCUCUUUUGAAGAAAUCUCUGCUGCCACCCAUGGUUUCAGCCCAGAGAAUUUGGUUGGCAGAGGAGGAUAUGCUGAGGUUUAUAAAGGAGUUUUACAAGAUGGAGAAGAGAUUGCUGUGAAGAGGCUUACAAAAUGUUCAACGGAUGACAGAAAAGAGAAGGAUUUCUUGACAGAAAUUGGAACUAUUGGCCAUGUUUCUCAUCCAAAUGUGUUGUCUCUUCUUGGCUGCUGUAUUGACAAUGGCCUUUAUCUCAUAUUUCAAUUCUUCUCUAGAGGCUCAGUUGCUUCACUUUUUCAUGAUGUGAAUUUGCCUCCAGUGGAUUGGAAAAUAAGGUAUAAGAUUGCAGUUGGAACAGCAAGAGGUUUGAAUUAUUUGCACAAAGGCUGUCAAAGAAGGAUAAUUCACAGAGACAUCAAGUCUUCAAACAUUUUAUUGACAGAAGAUUUUGAACCCCAGAUUUCUGAUUUUGGAUUGGCGAAAUGGCUUCCAGCUCAAUGGAGUCACCAUUCAAUUGCUCCAAUUGAAGGCACAUUUGGGCACUUGGCUCCUGAGUACUUCAUGCAUGGAAUAGUGGAUGAGAAAACAGAUGUCUUUGCAUUUGGGGUGUUUUUACUGGAGAUCAUUUCCGGCCGGAAACCGGUGGACGGUUCUCACCUAAGCUUACACAGCUGGGCCAAACCAAUUUUGAACCAAGGAGAACUUGACAAGCUGGUAGAUCCAAGGCUCCAAGGGACCUAUGAUGUUACUCAGCUUAAUAAGCUUGCCUUUGCAGCCUCUCUCUGCAUCCGCGCAUCUCCCACGUGGCGCCCAACCAUGAGUGAGGUAUUGAAGGUGAUGACUGAAGAAGAGAUAGAUAAAGAGAGGUGGAAAAUGCCUGAAAAGGAAGAAGAAGAUCAACAAGAGUUUUGGGGAUUUGAGGAUCUAGAAUAUGAAUGUGACACCUCCUUUUCAAUCUCCACUGGAAGUUCUUAAUUAAGGCUAGUAAUUCAGAUGCUUAAGAAAAUUGUAAUAU